AUGUCAGUGGCUGCAGCUGCGCUGCAAGUGGCUGCAAGUGUCGGUGCCAAGCCCCGCCGGAAAGAUUUGUCCAGAAAUUUCGAGAGCUUCGAAUCAAACCUGGCCCAACCCUGCACAAUUGUUUCUCGAGAAUUCUUCACCACCAUCGCCAUUGCCUUUGAGCCGACACCAAUUAUAAACCUGCAAAGGAAAGACCCCCCACAGUGUUACUCCAGCGCCAUGAACGCUGUACCCCAUCGGUUACUAUCUUAUUCUUCAUCUCGAUCCGCAAUCACCCACAUAUCCCCACGGCCCUGCACCGAACCUCUCCGUUCAUUGGCACCCUCUCGUUCCUAUUCAUCUUGGGUGAAGAGAAAUCGUCCGUGGAUAUGCAUACAACCUAUCGCCCGAAACCCCCAGUCAAAAUGUACCCGCCUACAACCUCGUCCUUUCCCAAGCAGACCUUGCACAAGUCAACAGUUUCAUACAUCAAUACCCCGCCAAGCUGCUCCGAAAGACCCUUACUCGGUGCUCGGCGUAUCUAAAUCCGCUUCAGCAAGUGAGAUCAAGAAGGCUUACUAUGCUAUGGCCAAAAAGUACCACCCAGAUGCAAACAAGGACCCUAAAGCAAAAGAGCAAUUUGUUGAUAUCCAGCAAUCUUAUGAUCUUCUCUCGGACCCACAGAAACGAGAACAAUACGAUCAGUUCGGGGCAUCAGGCUUUGAUCCUAGUGGUGCCGGUGGCUUCAACCCGGAUGGUGCCAAUCCAUUUAGCGGUGGUGGUUUCGGCUUUGGAAGCGGUGGGUUUACCGUUGAGGAUAUCUUCAGCAUGUUUGGUGGUGGCGGUCCUGGCGGCGGAAGAAGAAGAGGCAGCCACGUGGAGGAGGCCUUUGGCGACAACAUAGAAGUCCAAACAACCAUAUCCUUCAUGGAGGCCGCCAACGGAACAACCAAGACUAUCAACAUCUCUCCUUUAGUAACAUGUCACACCUGUUCUGGGUCCGGGCUCAAGACUGGUGCUCAGCGCACGACAUGUAGCAAAUGUCAAGGUACUGGAACAAGGAUACACUUUCAUCAAGGAGGUUUCCAAAUGGCAUCAACAUGUGGAACAUGCGGUGGAAGUGGCAUUGUCACACCUAAAGGCUCGGAUUGUGGAACCUGUUCUGGAGCCGGCGUCCUCAGAGAUAGAAAAUCCGUACGAGUAGAUAUUCCACCGGGCGUUGACGAUGGAAUGCGUCUGAAAGUCGACUCUGAAGGAGAUGCCCCCAUCAUCCAAGGUGGCUCUUCUCCCGGAGCUAAGCUCCACCGUGGAGAUCUUCUUGUCCAUAUAAGGGUUCAGGCACAUCCAAAUUUCAGUAGGUCCGGGGCCGAUGUUUUAUACACAGCUACAAUCCCCAUGACUACCGCCGUGCUAGGAGGGAAAAUCAAAAUACCUACCCUAAAAGGAGACGUAGAGCUCAACAUCCCAGCGGGAACCACCACCGGAGAUCGCAUUACAAUCGCUGGCAAGGGAAUGUCGAAGCUUACAAGCCGAAAGGGGGCCUAUGGUGAUUUGAAAGUUGAAUUCAGAGUCUCUCUUCCCAAAGCGCUUACUGCUUCACAGCGAACGCUACUUGAGUUGCUCGCUGACGACCUAGGAGAUCACCAGGCCAAACGUAUUAUGAAUGUUUCUGAUCUGAUGAACGAAGCCAACUCAAAAACUGAGCCCAGAGAUUCUGGGGACGCGAAAGAGGGGUUCUUGAAACGAGCUUUCCAUAGGUUCACCCACCCUCAUGACAAGCAAAGCGAGAAAUCGAGCACGACCAACAAGGAAAAUGAUGAAAAACUCGCUGAAAAAAGUACCAGCAGCACUGGGAACUGA